GCCACAGCGAUGAAGGGGCUGAUUGUGAUACUGACCUUAGCACUGGUUGCAAGCAAAAUCUGCCCACUUUGCAGUCUUGCUAUGGAAAGCCUUGUGGUCAACAUGGGAAGAUGCAAAUGUUUGAUGGAAAUCUCUUCACCUGUGAAGACUAAAAAUAUUAAAUCCAUCCAAGUCAUUCCUCAAGGGAUACGUUGUCGAAGGACGGAGGUCAUAUUAAGCCUGAAACAUUCCAGCAGGAAGAUCUGUGCCCCACCUAAUGCUAAGUGGGUGGAGGACUUAAUCAUGAAGUUGACCAAAAGGACAAUCCAGGCAAACUACGGACUUCCAGAACAUCCAGAAAACUAA